GCAGUGUGAGGUUGGUGGAUGGUGGCAGUCGCUGUGCUGGGAGAGUGGAGGUUCUUCAUAGAGGGCAGUGGGGAACAGUGUGUGGUGAUGACUGGGAUAUGAGUGAUGCUGCAGUGGUGUGUAGAGAGCUGGGCUGUGGAGAAGCUGUAGAUGCACUGGGCAAAUCUCAUUUUGGAUCAGGAUCAGGACCAAUCUGGAUGGAGGAUGUGGACUGUAGUGGAUCAGAGUCUAGACUGAAGAACUGUAGAUCACCAGUAUGGGGUAAACAUGACUGCAAUGAAACCCACAAUUCUGGAGUCAUCUGUUCAGGAGCCAGGCUGGUUUUAGGUUCUCGCUGCUCUGAGAGAGUGGAGGUUCUUCAUGGAGAGAGCUGGGUCACAGUGUGUGAUGCUGACUUUAACCAGCAGGAUGCAGAGGUUGUGUGUCGAGAGCUGGGCUGUGGUUCUCUUGUGGAGGUUCUGGGAGCAGCUGCUUUUGGUAGAGGGGAGGGUCCGGUGUGGUCAGAGAAGCUUCAGUGUAGAGGAACUAAUUCUCAGAUUCACUUCUGUCCAAAAUCAUCUUCACUCAAACACAACUGCUCCCAUGAUAAUGAUGUGGGACUGGUGUGUGCAGACAGUGUGAGGUUGGCGGAUGGUGGCAGUCGCUGUGCUGGAAGAGCAGAGGUUUUUCACAGAGGACAGUGGGGAACAAUUUGUGGUGCUGGUGCAAAUUUCAUAGCGGGUUUUGUCAUGUGUAAAGAGUUGGGCUGUGGAGAGCCGUUUAGGACUGAUGCAGCUGUUCCAGGAUCUGCACCGAUCUGGAUGAGUCAUGUGAAGUGUACUGGAUCAGAGUCUACACUGAAACACUGUGGAUCAUUAGGGUGGGGUGAACACAGCUGUAAUCAUAAUAUGGAUAUUGAGCUUACCUGUUCAGAUCACAGGACAUCCAGACUUGCUGAUGGUCCUCAUGUUUGCUCUGGGAGAGUGGAGGUUUUUCAUGGAGCGUCUUGGUUCACAGUGUGUGAUGCUGACUUUGACCAGCAGGAUGCAGAGGUUGUGUGUCGAGAGCUGGGCUGUGGUUCUCCUGUGGAGGUUCUGGGAGCAGCUGCUUUUGGUAAAGGGAAGGGUCAGGUGUGGUCAGAGGAGCUUCAGUGUAGAGGAGAUGAAUCUGAGAUUACUCUCUGUCCAAUAACCUCUUCACACAAAUACAACUGCUCUCAUGGUAAUGAUGUGGGACUUGUAUGUUCUGGUCAUACUCAGGCUCGGCUGAUGAACGGCUCAGACUCUUGUUCUGGUCGAGUGGAGCUCCAGUACCUCAGUGAGUGGGGUACAGUGUGUGAUGUAAGCUGGGAUAUGAGAGCUGCCAGUGUCCUCUGUGCUCAGCUGAAGUGUGGGAGUUCUGUGGCUGUGUUGGGGUCAGACUGGUUUGGGGAGGGGAGUGGCCGGAUCUGGGCGGAUGUGUUUGAUUGUCAGGGGAACGAAACACACCUGUUAAAGUGUCUCAUUUCAUCAUGGAGUCGAACUGCAUGCUCUCAUAAACAGGAUGUUGGACUCCUCUGCAGUGGUGAGCUUUUAAGAAUCUUAAACAUUCUUAUCAAUGGGCUGUAAAGUGAUUUUAGGAGGAAGUGCCCUUAUAAUGUUCUUAUAUAUAUAUAUAUAUAUAUAUUU